GUCCCUCUUUCCUUUUCCAACUUGGUAUUAUCUGGUGUUGUCUCUCUUCUUUUAUAUAUAUCUAUCUUGAUUGCUUUCGGGUUCAUUCAACCAAUUUCACACAGCUAUUGUCUAGCUUCAUCAUUCUGCUUAAGGAUAGGAAGAGCCUUCGUCCCCAUUGACCCCUGCCAUUUGUUUUUCGUAGUCAAGCUGAGAUUUUCCGCUUCAAAAGCUUUGCUUUGUGUUUCGAAGGAUAUUGAUAUGGACUACUCAUCAGCUGCCGCUUAUGAUACUUCUCUUAAUCUUAACACCAGGCCUCUCCGGCUUUUCGAUGAUUCUCCUCCGAUCAAGAAAGAGGUGCACAGCAAGAUUUUGAUCGACUUUGGGAGUCAGCUUUCAGCAAAAGAAGAGAGUGGUGCUUUGAUAGAGGAAUUGCAUAGGGUGAGUUCCGAGAACAAGAAGCUAACUGAAAUGUUGACGGUGAUGGGUGAGAGCUACAACGGUUUGAGAAGCCAAUUGUUGGAGUACAUGAGCAAGAACCCAGAAAAAGAACUUAGCCCUACUUCAAAAAAAAGAAAGUCCGAAAGCAGUAACAACAACAAUAGUGGUCACAACAUCCUCAAUGGCAUCAACAAUGGAAACUCUGAGAGCAGCUCCAGUGAUGGAGAAUCAUGCAAGAAGCCAAGGGAAGAGACCAUCAAGGCCAAAAUUUAUAGGUCUUAUGUCAGGACCGAACCAUCCGAUACAACAAGCUUGGUUGUGAAGGAUGGAUAUCAAUGGAGAAAAUAUGGCCAAAAGGUUACAAGGGACAAUCCUUGUCCUAGAGCUUACUUCAAGUGCUCCUUCGCUCCAGCCUGCCCUGUCAAAAAGAAGGUUCAGAGAAGUGUUGAGGACCAAUUAAUUCUCGUGGCAACGUAUGAAGGUGAACACAACCAUGCUCACCCUUCUCAACUUGAGACAUCAUCAGGCUCAAACCGCGGCAUGACCUUAGGAUCAGUCCCCUGCUCAACCUCUCUUGGCUCCGGACCAACCAUUACUCUUGACAUGACAAAAACCAAGUCCAAUGGUACUGAUACUAAGAGCCCCAAGACAAAAACUGAAUCACCAGAAGUUCGAAAGUUCUUGGUGGAACAAAUGGCGUCUUCCUUGACUAAAGACCCCAACUUCACAAAGGCACUUGCAGCAGCCAUUUCAGGAAGAAUUCUUCAGCACAAUACUUACUAAAAUAGAAGAACUGGUGUAGAGGUCAAUUAAGAAAUUGAUUCUUUUCACUCGUUAGACUAUUUUGAAGAUUAGGUGUAUUUGUAAAUACAAACAUUGAAAAAGAGGAACCCAAAUUUCCGAAUUCACUUCACUCAGGUAGCUCAUACGGCUAGAUUUUCUCCAAACUUGAACUGUAUUCUGAAGCUUAAAUACAACAGUGCUUGGUUACAUAUGGAUCCA